UAGAAAAGUUGCCGGUUAAUAUCUAUCUGACGUUAUUAGUUAGGCGUUAAGUUAAUAAGAAUUUAUUGAUACUAAAACAGUUAUCAAUACAAAAUUUAACUCUGCAUAAUCUGCUCCAAUGGCUCCUCGUUUUCAGUAUCCUACUGCAAAGAGGGAUGAAGGUGUUAUUGAUGAUUACCAUGGUGUUAAAGUAUGUGAUCCAUAUAGGUGGUUAGAAGACCCAGAUUCAGAAGAAACUAAAGCAUUUGUGACUGCUCAGAAUGCUUUAACUCAACCAUAUCUUCGGAACUGUCCAAGCCGAGCCAAGAUUCAAAAAAGGCUGAGAGAGCUAUGGAAUUAUCCUAAAUAUGGAUGCCCUUUCAGGGAAGGAGAAUAUUAUUUUUAUAAGAUGAAUACAGGCCUCCAAAAUCAAAGUGUUUUAUAUAAACAAAAGAGCUUAGAAAGCGAAGGAGAAGUAUUCUUAGAUCCUAACAAAUUGUCUAAAGAUGGUUUAAUUUGCAUUAUGGCUCAGGAACUUUCUGAGGAUGGAAAGUAUAUGGCUUAUGCUCUCAGUGACUGUGGGUCAGAUUGGAACAAGAUAAAGAUUAGAAGUGUUACUUCAGGAACUGACUUCCCAGAAGUCCUUGAGAAAGUGAAGUUUUCAAAUAUGUCAUGGACUCAUGAUAAUCAAGGUUUCUUUUAUUCUAUGUUUCCAGAGGCUGAUGGUAAGGCAGAUGGUACAGAAACCCUUGCAAAUUUGAAUCAGAAACUCUACUAUCACAGAAUUGGUACAGAUCAGUCUAAAGAUAUUUUGUGUGCUGAAUUUCCUGAACAUCCAAAAUGGAAACUGGCUUGUAAAGUAAGCAGUUGUGGUCGUUAUGCUCUUAUUUCUGUCAGAGAGACCUGCAAGAAUUCUAUUUUAUAUAUCAGUGAUUUAACAGCUCUUCCUGGUGGAAUUACAGGUGUUCUUCCACUUACAGCAAUAGUCACAGAAAAAUUUGAAGCUGAAUAUGAGUACGUUAAUAACGAAGGAAACAUUUUUACUAUAUUUACUGAUAAAAAUGCUCCCAUGUACAAAUUGGUUAAUAUGGAUUUGAAGAAGCCUGCUGAGGAACAUUGGGUGGAUUUGAUACCUGAAGAUCCUUCUAGAGUGAUGGAGUGGGCAAAAUGUGUGCAUAAUGAUAAAAUAGUUGUGUGUUAUAUUGAGGAUGUAAAAAGCAUGUUAUACUUGCAUGAUUUGAAAACUGGAAGUCGUUUAAAGUCAUUUCCUUUAGAUGUUGGUACUGUGAUUGGCUUUUCAGGGAAAAAAACACAAUCUGAGAUAUUUUAUCAGUUUGCUUCAUUUUUUACUCCCGGAAUUAUUUACCACUGUGAUCUCAAAAGAAGUAUGGAAUCGGAGGUCUUUAAGAAAAUAGUUGUGCCAGGCUUUGAUGCCUCAGAAUUUAAGACCAUGCAAGUUUUUUAUCCAAGUAAAGAUGGUACAAAAAUUCCAAUGUUUCUUGUGCAUUCCAAGAACUUUGUUAGGGAUGGCAACUCUCCAGCUCUUCUUUAUGGUUACGGUGGGUUUAAUGUCAGCAUUCAACCAACAUUUAGAGUUGAAAGAACAGUUUUCAUGCAGCAUUUUAAUGGAGUCCUCGCUGUUCCUAAUAUUCGAGGUGGUGGAGAAUAUGGAGAAAAAUGGCAUGAUGGUGGUCGAUUGUUCAACAAGCAAAAUGUAUUUGAUGAUUUUCAAGCAGCUGCUGAAUAUUUAGUUGCAAAUAAAUAUACCUCUUCAAAAAAGGUUACAAUACUUGGUGCUUCCAAUGGGGGCUUGCUGGUUGGUGCCUGCAUAAAUCAGAGACCAGAUUUAUUUGGUUGUGCAAUAGCUCAGGUCGGAGUUCUAGAUAUGCUGCGUUUUCACAAAUUCACAAUUGGUCAUGCUUGGGCAUGUGACUUUGGUUCAUCUGAAGAAGAAGAUCAUUUCCACAACUUACUAAAGUAUUCCCCCUUGCAUAAUGUUAAUGUUCCUAAAGAUGAGAAUAUUCAGUAUCCUGCAACAUUGCUUCUAACUGCUGAUCAUGAUGAUCGCGUUGUUCCUUUACAUUCCUUAAAGUUUAUUGCAGAGUUGCAGUACAAGCUUGGGAACUGUAAGAAGCAGGAAAAUCCAAUUUUGAUUAAUGUUGAUGUUGAGAGUGGACAUGGUGCAGGAAAACCAACUUCAAAAGUUAUUGAAGAGUAUACGGAUAUUUUUUGUUUCAUGUGUAAUGCCUUAGGACUUUCUUACCAAGAGUAAUUGUUUUUUAUACUACUCAAUAUUUACAAUAAAAGUUUCUACAUUGCCAGUUUA